UCAACUUAAUUAAAGGAGACGUAAGAAAUGCCACAACAAAAAAUGAGAAUUCACGGUCAAUAUGUUAAAGAUCUAUCAUUUGAGAAUCCGAAUUCGCCAUUCCUUUCCUCUAGUAAAGCUCCAGAUAUUAAUGUAAUGGUUAAUAUCAAUUCAGCAAAAUUAGAAGGGACGAAAAACAAAGAAGAAGUGAAUGAAGAAAAAUCUUUUCAUGAAAUUACUUUGCAUAUAGAAGUCAAAGCAACGGUAAAAGAUGAAGGCAUAAAAGAUGGUGUAGCUUUCAUUUGUGAGACGAAAUAUUGUGGCAUUUUUUCAAUAGAAAAUUUAAAAGAGUUGAGUGAGGAAGAGGUAAGACAAGCUUUGUUUAUUGGCGGACCUACUUUUCUUUUCCCUUUUGCAAGAGAAAUAAUUGCAAGAGUUACAAGUAGUGGUGGAUUUCCCCCACUGAUGCUAGAUCCUAUAGAUUUUGAAACUAUGUAUGAGCAGCAAGGUCAACAACAAAAAAGUAACGGUAGUAAUUCCAAUUUUAACUAAUAUAGUGUGAUAGGAUGAACAAUUCUUUAAAUGCAAAAACGACUUUAAACAUUGACGGGAAGUCAUACAACUAUUUUAGCCUAAGUAGUGCUAGUGAAUUUUUAGGAAUAGAUGUGACUAAAUUGCCUUACUCACUUAAGGUUCUGCUUGAAAGUUUAUUGCGCAAUGAAGAUGGAGUAAACGUAAAGCUAGAUGACAUAAGAGUACUAGCAGACUGCGUUAAUAAACACACUAAUCACGAAAUUAGCUAUAAACCAGCAAGGGUGUUGAUGCAAGAUUUUACAGGGGUUCCUGCUGUUGUUGAUCUAGCUUCAAUGCGGGACUAUGUUAAGAAAAAUGGAGGAAACCCAAGCAAUAUAGUAAAUCCGUCUGUACCGGUUGAUCUUGUGAUUGACCAUUCUGUUCAAGUAGAUAGUUAUGGAAGUGUUUCCGCAUUCAGUAAGAAUGUUGAGUUAGAAGUAAAAAGAAAUUUGGAGAGAUAUCAAUUUUUAAAGUGGGGAGAAUCGUCCUUCACAAAUUUUAGAGUAGUGCCGCCUGGCACAGGGAUUUGCCACCAAGUGAAUCUUGAAUAUUUAGCGCAAGUUGUGUGUAAUAAUGAUGGAGUCAUAUAUCCUGAUACUUUAGUUGGUACUGACAGCCAUACUACAAUGGUUAACGGAUUAUCAGUUCUUGGUUGGGGUGUUGGAGGCAUAGAAGCUGAGUCUGUGAUGCUUGGUCAACCAAUUAGUAUGGUGAUUCCAGAAGUAGUUGGAUUUAAAUUAAUUGGCAGAUUGUCGGAAGGAGUAACUGCGACCGAUUUAGUGCUGACGGUUACCAAUAUCCUAAGAACAAAAGGCGUUGUUGGUAAGUUUGUAGAAUUUUAUGGUGAUGGUUUAGAUUAUUUAUCUUUGGCAGAUAGAGCCACUAUAGCAAACAUGGCCCCGGAGUAUGGCGCAACUUGUGGAUUUUUUCCAAUUGAUCAAAAAACGCUAGAUUAUUUAAGCUUAACCGGAAGGCCAGAAAAGCUGAUUAAGCUAGUUGAGGCUUAUGCGAAAGAGCAAGGACUGUGGCAGUCUUUUUCUAAAUCAUUUUCAGUUAAUGAGUCAAAGGAAAGCGAUAAACUCCAAGAUGGAAGUGUAGUUAUUGCAGCAAUAACAAGCUGCACUAAUACUUCAAAUCCAAGUGUGAUGAUUGCUGCAGGUCUUGUAGCUCGUAAUGCAAUUAAACUUGGAUUAAAAUCAAAGCCUUGGGUUAAAACUUCUCUUGCUCCAGGGUCACAAGUUGUAACAGAAUAUUUAGAAAAGUCUGGAUUGCAGGUAGAUCUAAAUGCUUUGGGUUUUAAUCUAGUUGGAUAUGGUUGCACAACUUGCAUUGGGAAUUCUGGUCCACUCAAUAAAGAUAUAGAAGAUGGCAUUAAAAACAAAAACUUAACCGUUGCUGCAGUUUUAUCUGGCAAUCGUAACUUUGAAGGAAGAAUUCAUCCGUUAGUCAAAGCUAAUUACUUGGCAUCUCCGCCACUUAUUGUUGCAUAUGCACUUGCAGGCACUGUGCAAAUUGAUUUGACAAAAGAUCCUAUAUGCAAAGAUAAGAAUGGAAGUGACGUAUACCUCAAGGAUAUAUGGCCAACAAAUAAUGAAAUCGAAGAUUGUGUUAAAAAUGUGGUAACACGUGAGAUGUUCAUACAAAAGUAUAAGGAUGUUUUUUCUGGUGAUAAACAUUGGCGAAAGAUAAAGUGUGAAAAAAGUGAAAUCUAUAAUUGGGAUGCAAACAGCACUUACAUACAAAAUCCGCCUUAUUUUGAUAAUUUAUCACCUAAAAAUAAUAAAAUCGAUAUAAAAGGUGCACAAAUAUUGGCAAUGUUUGGCGAUAGCAUAACCACUGAUCACAUUUCCCCUGCUGGAAAUAUUGCCUCAAGUAGUCCUGCAGGUAUAUAUUUAAAAAAUCUUGGAAUUGAGCCACAGGACUUUAAUUCGUAUGGAUCUCGUCGUGGUAACCACAAUGUAAUGAUGCGUGGCACUUUUACUAACAUUAGAAUAAAAAAUGAAAUGGUUAGCACCGAAGGUGGAUAUACAAAAUAUAUUCCUUCUCAAGAAAUUAUGUCAAUUUUUGAUGCAGCAAUGCGUUACAAGGAAAAUAAUGUACCUCUAAUCAUUGUUGCAGGAAAAGAAUAUGGCACAGGUUCAAGUAGGGAUUGGGCAGCAAAGGGUACUUUAUUGUUGGGGGUUAAAGUUGUCAUUGCAGAAAGCUUUGAGCGUAUACAUAGGUCCAACUUAGUUGGUAUGGGUGUUCUUCCACUUGUAUUUCAAAAUGGAAUAACCAGAAAGAUAUUUGAUGGUAGUAAGGUAAUAAGCAUAAAAGGUGAAAUAGUGCCAGGUGGAAAUCUAGAAUGUAUCAUCAAAAGAAAGGAUAAUUCAAGGCAAUCAAUUCAACUCAAAUGCUGUGUACAAACCGCAACUGAGACUAAAUACUUGAUGUGUGGUGGAGUGUUGAGC